UUUCUCAGAAUUUUCCCCAAGGAAUAUUUAAGAACUAAACUUUAUUUUGCUCUUUCUAAAGUCUUGCCUAAAACCCUUUCCAAAUUUUUUGGAAGAUCCAUCAAAAAAUUGAAACUUUGGCUGUAACAUAUGGGUUGAAGAAGAAGAAAAAACAAAGUGGGGUUUUUGUUGAAAACCCAAAAAAGAUUGAAUCUUUAAAUAUGGGUAAAUUAAUUGGAGGAAAAGUAUGUGAAGAAUUCACAGCAGGGUAUUAUGGGGUUUGUACUAUUGGUGGUAUGCUUAGUGCUGGAACUACUCAUCUUGCUAUUACUCCUCUUGAUGUUCUCAAAGUUAAUAUGCAGGUGCACCCUAUCAAGUAUAAUAGCAUUUCAACAUGCUUUACGACUUUGCUGAAAGAACAAGGUCCCUCGGCCUUUUGGCGAGGCUGGGCUGGGAAGUUUUUUGGCUAUGGUGUUCAGGGUGCUUGUAGAUUUGGUCUGUACGAAUACUUUAAGAAAGUAUACUCAAAUAUACUGGUCGAUCAGAACAAGAGUUUGGUAUUUCUCGCCAGCAGCGCAUCAGCUGAAUUAAUUGCUAAUGUAGCUCUUUGUCCGUUUGAGGCCAUUAAAGUUCGUGUGCAAGCUCAGCCUCAUUUUGCAAAAGGCCUCUCUGAUGGUUUUCCGAGAAUAUAUGCAUCAGAAGGCUUCCAUGGGUUAUACAGGGGGCUUAUUCCGCUACUGGGCCGUAAUAUACCAUUCUCGAUAGUUAUGUUCUCAACCUUUGAACAUACAGUGAAUUUGCUUUAUAAAAAAUUAAUCCAAAAAAGGAGGGAAGAUUGUUCAAAAGCUCAGCAGCUCACCAUAACUUGUUUAGCUGGAUAUGCUGCUGGAUCUGUUGGUAGUAUUAUUUCUAAUCCUGCUGACAACAUUGUUGCUUCUCUUAACAACAAGAAGGCCAGUAGCCUAAAGCUGGCUGUGAAGAAAAUUGGGUUUCUUAAUUUGUUUACUAGAAGUCUUCCUAUUAGGAUAAUGCUAGUUGGACCGGUUGUGACUUUGCAGUGGUUGUUCUACGACUCCAUUAAAUUAUUAAGUGGAUUGCCAACCAGUGGACAUUUAAUCAAAGAUACAGAGGAAGGGGAAAAGGCUCAAAGUCAUUCAAGAUGAAAGCUGCCAUACAUCAGUCUAUGGAUAUACCGAGCAUGCGAAUACUCUUGCAGCUAAUUUAGCAAAUAGGGUGAACUAGCGACCCUCUUAACUGUUUUUGGAAAAUGCUUGAUCAUAUACCAACAAAUAAGACGUACAUCGUACAGGCCAUUUUUUUGUUUCCGCAAUUAGCUCUCUUUGCUGACUGAUUCUAGAGUGGGACACUGACUAUUUUGAGCUACCUGAAGAAGGUGAAUUUUUUUUCACGAGAAGAGAGGGUUUCUCUCCGUGAUGCACUAACUUAUACAACAUUGUAGAAGUUGUCUCUGUGACACAGAUAAAGGAUUUAAGAGAUUCCACCAGCUAGAACCAUAGUUCUGGCUGUCGGAUUUUUGAUGAAUUGCUCUCGUACCAACAAAAAUGUUGACUGCUUUUUGAGUAUGUUAUAGUUUUCGGCAUCUGGCAAAAUUUGAUUUACCAAUUUCUCGUGGCACAGCCAGAAUUUUGAUAAAGCAUGAUGAACUCAUAUGAUUUGUAUGAUCUUAACAUCACUCUAUGCUCAAGUGAGCACCUUACUUGUUUAUUUGUUGCUUUAAAGUGUGAAUCCAUUUUGUAAAGAUUGUAUACUGGGAGAUACAAGGGCAUUUUGUCUCAAUCCUCCAUGUUAGGAAUUGGACCAUAUUGACACAAGUUCUUCCAAGAGGUCUCAACUCUGUUCUUUUAUUUGCGAAAAUAUGGGGGCAA